AUGAACAAUUGGAUCAAAAGUGCUUUGAUUGGAGACAUUUCGGAUCGUUUGAAAAGAGAUGGUUGCUACAAUCCGCGUGUCCUCGAUCUUGCUUGUGGAAAAGGCGGUGAUUUGAGAAAAUGGCAGUUUGCUAAUGUUAAGAGCAUCGUUAUGGCAGAUAUUGCUGAAGUUUCCAUUGAUCAAGCUAAAGGUCGAUAUGAAGAGAUGCAAGCACGUAGACAAGCCAACUUCGCUGCGCAAUUUAUUGUCGCUGAUUGUUGUAAGGAAAGAUUACUCGAGAAGUACGAAGAGAAGCAACAAUUCGAUCUCGUUAGCUGUCAAUUUGCUUUGCAUUAUUCGUUCAUCACUCAAGAAAGUGCACAAAUGUUCUUGAAAAAUUGCACUGAAAAUAUUCGUCCUGGAGGAUAUUUUCUUGGUAGUCUACCGGAUGCAAAUCGGAUAGUAUGGGCUGCACGACAAGGUGAUGGAGAAUUCAAGAACUCCGUUUGCAGUAUCAAAUUUUCAAAACCAGAAGAAAUAUUAAACGGAGCUCAGCCACCGCUUUUUGGAUCGGAGUUCCAUUUCACAUUGGAUGCUCAAGUUAACUGUCCUGAGUUUCUCUGCCAUUUCCCAUUGCUCGUGAAAAUGCUUGAGGAAUGUGAUAUGGAAUUGGUGUACCAGCUUCCUUUCCCGGAUGCCAUCAAGCAUUAUAAGGAGGCUCGAAGAGAUGGUUUAAUUUUAUUCGAUCGAAUGAAGGCCCUCGAAACUUAUCCUGCAACUGGUGAUAAAAAGCUAGCUGGAGCUGAUGAGGAUUAUGAACACCCGAAGAAGUUGCAGGAUCAGUUCGAUAUGGCGAGCAUCGGUACAUUGUCCAAGCCCGAGUGGGAAGCUGUCUCGAUGUACAUUGUCUUUGUUUUCCGUAAGAAAGGUGGAAAACCAAGAGAACCAUCAAACCGUCAAUCACAUGGAGAAUGGAAAAAACCAAGACUGGCAGAAAAGACAGAGGAGCCGUUGGAAAAUAAUGAUGGUCAAUCAGAAGAUAGUGAGGCCACAAAGAUAAUCAAUCUUGCUGCUGCCGAGUUCUUCGAUGAUCGAUUAGCAAAUUUUCUUCCUGAGCCAAAAUAUUUCUUGAAUCUCUUCAAGAAGAAACGGAUAGAAACCCCAAAAUCACCAACUCUGUGGAUUUGUGAAAUACAUCAAAAGCAUUCAUGGUAUGGUCCGACAACGAGCAAAAGUGUUUCAAAUGAUUCGUUGAAUGCUAUCAUGAAACAAAUGUAUCCCGGGAAUCAACUUAUCAGUUACGCGGAAACACCAUUUGCUCAAGUUUAUGCACGAGAAAUCGGAUUUGAGGAUGGAUGCGCUAAAUGUGGACGAAUUGGGGUUCCUUGGAUCACGCCAAUCAAUCCGGCAUCGAGUUUUGCUUUGGGACGAUAUAUUGAACCAAAUUGUUGGGAGCCAAUCGAAGGAGCACGAAUGUGCAGAAAACAUUUUCCCGAAGCAUUACUUCAAGGCGAAAUCGAUGUCAAUUUUCGAAGUUUUCAUAAUGGAAAGUCGGCAAAGUUUGGAAAGGUGACAGUCGAUUGUGUCUUUUGUGAAUACUGUGAAACGUUUUGCUCACCUGUUGAAGCUGUGCCCGUCGAUAAUCCUGAUCAUUUACCUCAUUCUUUUCCUUCUCAUCUUGCGGAAAGAGUACGUAACAUGCCAUCCGAGUCACUUUACUUCUGCAAUAAGCACUUUUUGACUGGAGUAACGGAAAAUUGCCGCAUUUGUCGAAAGUUUCCCGGUGAAUAUUUCACUAUGCAAAACGAAUCGGUUCGUCAAUCAAUGGGAGAGUUCUGGAAGGUUCUCCUUGACUCGAGAACAAGAAUUUGUCGCUCACACGUUGGCGAGAAGUUUAUUUCAAGUCGGAAAGGAGAGUUGUUCCUUAUGUCGGUGAUUUGUGACUAUUGUCAAGCAAAAGUUCAUUUACUUGACACUUAUGGAGGAUUUGCACCCCAAAUGAUCAGCUCACCAUUUCCUAGACCUUUCUUAAGCAGAGUUGAGAAAAAGACCAUUGCUGAUGUGCGCAUUUGCCGACGACACUAUAAAGGACACGAUGGAUCUCGGGCGACAAGCAAACUUCAUUACACCAUUAUGUCAGCGUUGAAAGCGUCAUCACAAGAAUCAGCAAGUGUGCUUCGUGGAAUAACUGAAAUCUCUCCUCCUCGAUCAAAACAAUCAAGUUUAAAAGAAGUUACACGGAGAACGAAUGGUCAGAAAAGAAACUAUUCCAACUCUUGGGGUGAAUCAAAACUAGAGGAUUUUAUCUCGUUUUGGAACAGAAAUGCAACAGAGUGCUUGACGAGUGAUUUUGUAGAAGAGGAAGAUCAAGCUUUGUUCAAAAUGCCAAAACUUGAAACUGAAGAAACACUAUCAAAAGUCGAAAGUUUGAGAGAAAUCAAAAAGGAGCCGCCCACAGAU